GAUAAUGUGAACGCCCUCUCGGCCACGUCGGCACAGCCCUCGUCGUAUGUCAGCCCAUCCUCCACAAUGCAACUGUUUCGCGCUAUUAUCAGGAUUGCGCCCGAGUCGACGGGCCAACAACGCUCAUGCCAAAGUCCCGCGACUACCCAACGAAGUGGUUCGAUUCGCUCCCUUGGAGCUGCCUACCGACCACCACCGUCUCCUCAGAUAACCGAGAGAGUGAAUAAUUUGAUUGAUUCCUACUUUCGCUGGGUCCAUCCUGCAACGUCAGUGCUUGAUGGGGUAAAAUUCAGAAAGACUGCUUCUUCUGGAACUCGAAAUGACUCUCUAUUGCUAUGUUUGUUUAAUAUGGUGCUUGCGUUAGGUUCCAUCGAGACAACGAAAACGGAUUCAAGAGAACAUCUGACCUAUUAUCAAGCUGCGAAAUCUCAUUUGGAUCUCGAGGGGCUUGGGAACAAAAGUUUUGAGACUUCAAGCCUUGAUUCUCAUGGCUGGCUGGUACAACCAUUACCGCAACCGCCCAAACCUUGCAUCUGCCCUACUUGAAGCUGCCGUUCGCAUGGCAUAUGUCUCAGGCCUCCACAAAGAACUGCCCGAUAGUACCGGAACGGCAGAGCCUCAAGAUUUGAGGCGGAAGAUCUGGUGGAAUCUUGUUGUCUUUGACGCAGCUGAGGCUGUGACUCUGGGUCGCUCUUUAGACACAAGGGUCUUUGAGACCGAAAUUCACUGUCCGAGAGAAGUGGAAAGGCUCUCUUCAGCUUCAAUAUUGGCCAUUAACGUUGGCUUCUCGCGCAUAAUGAUACAGAUACAAAGCCGUUUGAUGACAGCCCCGACAUUGACCUUCACAGAGUCGCUCAGCCUCGACGCGCAUCUUGUUGAUUGGUACGAAGCUCUCCCGAAUUACUUCCACAGGUUGAUCGGGAACGUUGACUCCACACCGCCAGAAGCCUCCGCCUCGAGUCAAUGCAUCCAGCCUCUGUUGACGAUCAAGUGGCGUUAUCUCAACUUGAAAUUGUUGCUUUACUGGCCAAGCCUCAGGGAAGCCGUCCUCAACCGGAUCCCUUUCGGUGACCUCACCUCGGAUCAGCGCUUGUGCAUACGAAAAUGCCCAACCCUCUCUGCCGAGACGGUCGACUCGGCCAAGAAGCGUUCGUCCGGAACGCCCAAUCAUAUUACAUGGUACUUGCUACAAAUGUGCAUGGUGCCAUUGCUGAGCUUGUAUGUGUUCCGUGAGGAGAUCAACGUC